ACGAAAGGAGAUUUGGGUAAAUUGUACCUGAGAAGUCGGGAAAAGAAUCAUCACCCAGCAUUUGAACGCAUGCUGGGGUUUUUUGAGGAGGUAUAAGUACAUUUGGCAUGCGUGGUUAAACCAGGCUCAGUGUUCACACAUUAUGCGAAUUUAAACGGAACAGUUUUACUGCGAUGUGCUGCAGCCGUACCCAUCGUUAGCAACAGACUCACACUACAACCACUACUGCACUUUGUGGGCUUUACGUUGUUAGCAAGCACCCCGGCUAGCUAACGGUGGCUGGGAACAAAUGAAACCGUAUCUGGUGAAAGCUACUCCGGGGCCCGAGUCGAGCACUCGCCUUCAGCAGUAAGUUAAAGUUAGCAGAAAGCACUGUGAGCUAACUUCGUCUCCCGGUGAAAACCCAACACCGGCUCCGGGCUGCAGGAUUCUGGCUUCGGUAGGGGUCCUAUCAGAUGGAGGAGAAAACAGCUGCAGUGAUCCUGUCGGCUGAUUCAGAACAUUCUGCUACCAUGCCUUCUGUUGGACUGCUUUUGUGAACCUAGCAGCCAUGGCUUCUCGUGAGGUAGAUAAGCUACCAAGUGACAGCAAGGAUUUGGCUUCCGUCUCUGCAGAGAAGUCCCAAUGUGGACCCGAUGAUAUCAUGGAAGAGCCUCAGCUGGACACUAUGAAUACUACGGUGAAAUCUCAAAAAUCUGGAAAAUUUAGGAGAACUGCCCUGACAUUUUUCGGAGUUCGUAAAAAUAUCUGUAUUUUACCUAAUUUCUUUGGAGGAAGGAGUAAAAAUCUGAGCAAGUGGUCUUCUAAGAAAGCAAUCAAUAAAAGCAGAACACAUGAUGGGCUGAGUAAUCUUAGUCAUGAUGACAAUCUGAGAAGUGGGUACAACUCAGCUGGAGAUUUAGUGUACCACGACCCAAGAGGCUCUGCUGGAGAGCUCCACAGUAGUUGUCACAAUGAAUGUAGUCACCUGGGUGCUGACCAGAAAUCACUCACCCGUCAGAAAAGGGGUUUCAGGAGUCUUUUUCAAAGUUUUAGGUAUCACAGAAACCACAGAAAUGCUGGAUCGGAUAAACCUGAAAUGAUUGCUAUGUCCUCUCCUCGCUGCAAAAAAGAGGUGCCUGUUGUCCAGGACAACACCAAGCAGUAUGUCACUGAGUGCCUGGAGUCUGAACCUGAUGUGCCUGAUUUUGCAGAUGUUUCAUGUGACCUGUCCAUUGGGGCUGAAUGUGUUGAUGCUGUUGAGAUGUCUUCACAGAAGGGUGUGGAGCAAGACAGCCCCAAGUCCGAGCUUGGCGCUGAGACAUGUGAUAAUGAAAUGAGUUUGAUGGCCGUAGUUUUCAGUGAAUUGAAGGAAAGUUCACGAGGACACAGCGAGCCAUGUCUGAAACUCGAGACGAUGUCCGAGCCGUUGCUGAAGUCUGAAACACCUGCCGGCUCAUCAGAUCAGCUAAACAUGAUUUAUGGAGACGUGGCAUCAUUAAAAAGCUUUGAUUCUCUCACUGGCUGUGGGGACAUUAUCGCAGACCAAGAAGACGACAGCAUCACAGAGAGCACCGUGUCUGGAGAGAGGAGCAGAAGUGGAGGAAAGCGGGCCUCUUGCUAUCUUACUUAUCAGGGUGGCGGCGAAGAAAUGGCCUCACCUGAAGAUUUGGAUGGAGAGUGUCUUCAGGAUUUCUGGGGAAAUACUGCGUCAGAAGAAAUGUGCUAUACUUGCAACCAAGAUAUCACUGAUUUGACUGCUGACCUGACAAGUUCUCACGAUAUGGACUUACUGAACAGUAACAGUGCACAGCAAGCCAGUGGCAUGGACGCUUCUUCCAUGACUGAUGCAUUGACUCCUCAAAGCGAGCAUCAGGAAUCGGUACCAACUAGUGAUGAGGGCUACUAUGAUUCAACUACCCCCGGGCCAGAUGACAGACAGGAGAGCUCUGACAGAUUGAGGGGAGAGAGAUUACCCAGGGACAGUUACAGCGGUGAUGCCCUUUAUGAACUUUUUGCACCUGAUGAGAGUCUCAUCAGUCCACAUUAUGAAAACAAAUCAAAGCUGCCUGGUUCAAAACAAUAUUUAAGUGAGCCGGUUGAUGUGACAGAUUCUGCCUUUGUUCCAGACAUGAACCGAUUACAAAUAAGUGGCCAACUCUAUGAAGUUCAUGGUUUUCCAGAAAGGCCGAGCACAUGCAGCAGAUCCUCGGAGUCGGCACAAAAGGCGAUGGGUCGGCAGGAAAUCGGCAGAAAAAACUGUAAUUUAAAUUCAAAACCACAAACAUCAGCCAAUAAGAAUAAUACAGAGCCCAAUGUGUUUGAGGACAAGGGAAAUAUGUCUCCUCCUUCCAGUGAAAAAAUAACAAAAUCUGUAAACGCUGAGCGUGAGAAACGGCACAGCAUCGUUUCAUUCGGCAGCACGUCCGACCCAGAUUUUGAAACAUUCUGUGAACCCAAAGAGCAGCAUCUUGAGGAAAACAAGCCUGUGGCUUUGCCGUAUAAAAACAUCAGUUCUCAAUCUGCGGUUGAUAUCAACGACUCAGAUGAUGGGCAAACUGUGUGUUUCUCUCAAGCACUUGUGGACUACACAAAGCACUCUCAGAUGCUGAGUAACUUGCACAACGAUGGGGACGAUUUGGAGACAAACUCUGCCUUCACUUCAAAUAUGCAGGCCUUACCUACCAUAGUCACAUUUGAUGUAGUGGAUAUGCACAAUGAGGGUGAAUAUGACGAGCAGAUCCACAUGGAACUGGAGGAGGACAUCUCAUCGCCCUAUCAGGAUUUUGAGGAGAGCUACCUACAAAAAGAUGCAUUUGCCGAAUGUGACUAUCAAAUGUUAGAUAUGUAUGAACAGAACCUUAUCAGUAACACAUGGGCAAUUGCUAGUCUCCCAAGGCACCUUGGCCUUACAAGAGUCAGUCAGUCCAUGCCUAAUGCAUCGUCUCUGGACAGGAGAAGUAGGUCUCUGGACAGAGAGAGCCUUGACUUGAAGAUGCUCGACACAUACAGAGAGAACAGAGCUGCUAUCGUUGCUUCUCCUCAAAGUGAAACAGACUCCUCAACAUAUUACAAGAGGAAUGUACUUGUGUCUGCAUCCGAGGUUAUAGACAGAAGCAGCAUUAUGGCCUUAUCUUGGCAAACUAGAUCAGAAAUGGCUUUAAGCCUUCCUCUCACAGACGGGGGAUUCACUGAAAAAGUACAGAGUCUCAGUCAAACCCAAGUCAAAUGCAAAAUAAUGUCGAGUUCAUCCAGCAGCAAAUCUCCCAGCAGUAAAACGCAACUUUGCUCUAAGGUGUCAGACAAAGUGUCCUGUGAUUUGAAUUCACAGAACAACAGGCAGCAGCACCUUCCGUCACAGGCAGACUCUUGUUUACCUCAUAGCACCUUUCUUUAUUCUGGAAUGAUGGAUGGUGAAUCAGACGAUGUAGAUGAGGAGGUUUUUUGUAAAGCUGCCACUCAUUUGCAUUCCUACAAUAAGUGUGGGAAAAGCAGACCAGUGGACGCAGCAUCUCAUACUGGGAGUCUUCUGAACACAGGGGGGCUUAAUGAUGAUAUGGCCGUCCUCAGUGAAACAAGAACACCCAGGGACGUGGCCGGCAUUGGGAUCACAUGUGUUUGUGCUAUUAAUGAGUGCUUUCAUGUUACAUCCAAAAGAUAAAUUGUUGCUUAAUUGUUGUACUUGCACAGUGGAUUUAUUUGACAGGACAUGAAUUGUAAAUGUUCUGCCUGUGCCAUCAUGCUGCAUUAAGUACAUGGCUGUCUCAUUGGGAAGUCAAAAGGGAUUUCCUGCAUUUGCACAGUAACAGUUGCUUGUUUCGCACAGGCCACGUACAUGUCCGUGUAUUUAAAGUGACUAAGCAAGUAAUUGUUUCUUUUUCAUUAAGAAUACUCACAGAUUCAUCUCAUUAAGCUAUUGAAUAGAAUGUUCCCUGUAUGUAGCCUCAGUGUCUCAAUAGUAAUGCAACACUUUAUGUUAUUUAAUGGUUAUUAUCCUGGUUUCUUUAUCACAGCCCUGAAACACUUUAAGUGCCGGCUUAUUGCUUUUUAACAGCCUCCAGUGAGCUUUAUGUUGAUUUGUCGAUCCACAAUAAGAAAACAUGUCUCUUCUAAAUACCUCUAUGGGGGUAUAUAUGAAAUACAUUUAGCUUUUUUUGGCUUAAUCUUAAAACAUCUCACAGCUAGUUCUUCCCCUCCAACCCAGAAUGUGAUAAGCACGUAUUGGAGAUGUAAAGAUGAUCUGAUACUUCAUGAAUCUUAACUUCAGCUGCUCCUUCUUUUACAUACUCUAGAUAGCUUUACAAGGCAUAUCUACUUCUACUACUUCUAUUCUAAAUAUCACAUAUAGUUACCCUGUGUAUGAGAGUGCUUUACAUUACACUUUGAAGAAACAGCAAGAUAUAUAUACAAAAUGAUAGGGGGAAAUAAAUCAAGGAAGAACAAAUAAAACAGGUUUGACCUAAUAGUCUCACAUUUACUGUGUUACUUGUGUCCUGAGAAGCCCCUUUUGGCCUUACUGUGAAUGCUGUUUUGUUUUCAUUUUCAACACCAGAAGGGUAAAACUCACUGAACUGAUGCACUCACGUAUUGCAUUACUAUAAGAUUGUGGAAUGAAGUUUGGAUUCUCUUAGAAUUAUGAAAAACUUGUAUUUUCAUGUAUAAUUUUCUCGUGCAUUUGAUGUUUAAUCAGUCCAAGGUCAAACUUCCAGAUGUCGUUUUUUAUAGUGUAAUAAUGAAAACAUGUCAAAUAAUUUGUAUUUAUAUUCUCAAUUUGUACACUGUAACAUUGUAUUAUGACUGGUUAUUACAAAUGGACAAUUUUCCUUUUUGAGUUUUCUUUUGUUGUUUUGGAUUUCUUUAAAAAAAUAAGUUACACCCAUGUUACAUUAGGGGAUACCUCUUGAACUUCUGUUACUGUUUUGUCACAAUAGAACACUGCCUUAUAUUAAAAUAAACAUGACUAGACAUAU